AUGGCAGAUGGCGCCUUGAAGAACAAGGAACAGCCGCUCGCCGGUAUCGUCCUUUGCUUCACGUCCAUCCUCCCAGAAGAGAGGUCUAAGCUGGCAGAAGUUGCAAGUCAAAUGGGAGCCAUCCAUAAGUUUGAUUUAACUUCAGAUGUGACGCAUUUAUUAGUCGGCGAAAUAAAUACAGACAAAUACAAAUUCGUCGCUCGGGAACGGAGUGAUGUGUUGGUCUUGCUGCCAAAAUGGAUCGAGGCAGUCAGAGAGGCAUGGAUGGAAGGAGGAGAUACUAAUUUAAAGGUGCUGGAGCAGGACUAUAAGCUUCCUACUUUCCAUGGCCUUUCUAUCUGUGUCACUGGUUUCGACGACAUCUCAUAUCGAAACUAUCUUCAGGAAGCAGCAGUUGCGAACGGUGCCAUAUUCAGGAAAGAUCUCACCAAGACCGUCACCCAUUUAAUUGCUCAGGAACCCAGUGGCCAAAAGUACAAAUUUGCAACCCAAUGGAAGAUAAAAGUCGUGACAGGAAAAUGGUUCAGCGAUAGCUUGGAGCGAGGAAUGGUGUUGGAUGAGACUCGAUACGACCCUCUACUAUCGGCUGAAGAACAAGGUGUUGGAGCAUGGAACCGUUCCCUUCCUGAGGCGUCGAGUAAAAGGGGAAACCCUACAGAUUUUGGCAACACUAGGACACGAAAGUUAAGACGUGUCGCUAGCAGCAAACUGGGCAAUCAGAAUGAGGGAAUUUGGGGCGAUAUAAUGGGCGGCGGGUUUGAGACAGCAGAAAGAAAUCCAUCUAUGUCGACAAGUUCAAAAGUAGGUGAUAAUGCAGCCGGCGAGGAAACCCAGGUCAUUUCCAAGGACAAACAUUUUGGAAAUGGAGAUGCCUUCGAUGAAGAAAGUACUCAGCCUUUUGCAGAGCAAUCAUUGAAGGAAAUGAAUGGAUUCCUGCAAAACUGCUACUUCUUGAUCCACGGAUUUUCUUCUAAACAGAUUGACGUUCUCCGGCAUCAUUUAACCAUGAAUGGAGCACAAAUUGUGAACCAUAUCAACGAUUUCUCCAGUCACAAAAUCCCCAAGAUAGGUGAAGGCUUGUAUAUAAUCACAUCUCAUAAAAUACCUCGAUCCGAGGUUCCUUCCACAGACGACAUGGCUUUUCAAUGCGAAAUUGUUACUGAUCUGUGGCUGGAGCGUUGCCUGGACAGUAGAGCAUUUGUUUCACCAGAGGCUCAUGUCACCAGUACUCCGUUUCCCAGGCUACCUAUUCCUGGUUUUGAGGGAAUGAAGAUUUGCUCAACAGGUUUCAUGGGUCUCGAUUUAUUACAUCUCUCUAGAUUGGUGAACGCAACGGGCUCGAAAUAUGAGGAAUUCCUCACAUCCAAUGUCUCGGUGUUGAUAUGCAAUGAUCAACGUAAUGUGAAUGCCGAGAAACUACGACAUACUCUUGAAUGGAAUAUUCCUGCAGUUUCAGCCGAUUGGCUAUGGAUUUCCGUCAACUCUGGACAAAAGAAAGCGUUUGAACCGUAUCUGGUACGGAAACCGGUGUCACAAAAUGAGGCGGUUCCCAAGGAACGAGAUAUCCCGAAACUUCAGCGACAUUCGAAUGAAGCCCGGCCAAGUGUGGCUGGCAACACAGAGGGCUCGAGAUCCCUACCAGAACAAAAUCUAUUACGCGAAACUAAUGAGCGAUCGAGAUCGACAUCACAUGGCGUUCAAGACUCAUUUGAACAACGUCAGAUCAACGGUAAAACGGAUGGCUCGGUGCCAUCGGGGUCACUUUCACCAGCGAAACGAGAAGGUGAUGGACUUGCCCCUAUAGCCACAGAACCCCUAACACGUGACGUUCAAGAGCAUACCACGUCAUCUCGAAAUCCAUCAAAGGCUUUGGAAGCUGCUAUGAAUGGGUUCCUCAAACAAGCAAGAGAGUUUUCUCGAACAAACAGCACGUCUGGAGACAAAAACCCUCGGAAGCGAAGACCGAACCUUGGAAGAACAAACUCCUUAUCGUCUGCAAAAAAUGGCCUCCUGAGAGCCAACUCCCGUGCUAGUUCCAUCGACACACUGAACGAAGAUGGGUAUGGAAGUGCUGCGAGCACCGAGACCGAUGGCAAAAACUCGGUCACGAGCAAAAGCAAACUACCUCCCAAUAUACGAACUCAGAGUUUUGCAUCUCUCUCAACCGGAAGCAGAUUCACCGGUUAUAUUGACUCCCCUUACGACGAAAACAACAACGAUUUAAUGGGAAAUGACGACACGCCUGCCAUGACUCAACUCAACUACGAGGACCCGGACGCCAUGGCAACGCGAGAAGAAAUCAUGAGACUUGCCAGCCGGGGAAACGUGGACGAGACUCGUGUCAUGGAGAAAUUGAACCACAAGGCCUCGGCGAACAAUCCAGCUGCAGCGGUAGUGGUCGACGAACUGCCUCCAGUGCCGGCGGCGGACCACACAGCAGGACGCAAUAGACGUUCUCGUAGAUCUGCAGGCAAGCAAAAGGAAGCGGACAACAACAUUUUCUGA